AUAGCCAAGUUACUGUGUAAAAAUUAUCUUAAUCGUAACUGAUAACAAAUCAAAUAUGGCCAAGUUAAUGUAAACACUUAGUAGUGUAUUUUUAAGGUAUAAGAAUUAUUUGUGUGUAAAUUAUUCGUCUGGAUUUUACCAUCUAUAAAGAAUGCGCCAAGGAACGCGGAGACUAUUGCUAGUGCUUGGGUUUAUAUUAACAGGUAUUUAUAUUGGGAUUUCAAUGUCAAAGGCUAUCAUAUCACCUACAUCAAUAGAGCUCUCUACUGGGUCGGUUCGAAGAAAAAGAGACCAAGUAUGUGUUCAGCCAAAAUUUAAUCCAUUUGAAGGAGAUUAUGCUAAACAUUUUCAUUCCGUUGAUCCUGUAAAGUGUUCCGAAGAUCCGGAUUGGGUAUCUAUAUCGAAUGGAUCGGUGUUUAUUACAUCUGAAGCUAAGAAAAAUCAUGGAAGUAUUUCUUGUCAACUUACUUAUUUUGAUCGUAUUGAUGACUUCCGGAACAAAGAUUUAGAAACUGUGACUUUAUCUGAUUCUUCAGUUCUACCUCUCAAAUAUGAUUUUGUGAAAGUUCACUGCACCGCGAAAGACAAAAAUGUGUACGAAAAUGUACAUGUCGGCGUGCGAAAUGUACCAGAAUAUCACAAAAAGAUAGCUAAUCUGACUUCCGGUCUAGGUUUAGAUGUAUUAAUACUCGGUUUUGAUUCUCUGUCUCAUAUGACAUAUAUGAGAAAAUUGAAAAAGACAUAUGAAUAUUUCACUGAGACUUUAAAAGGAACAAUACUUAACGGAUAUAAUAUCGUAGGUGAUGGAACACCACAAGCUCUUAUACCCAUAUUUACGGGGAAAACAGAAUUAGAAUUACCCCGAACACUUAAAAGUUUGCCUAAAAAGGACUUCGUCGAUAUUUACCCAAUGGUUUGGAAAGAUUUUCAGAAGAAUGGAUACGUGACUGCGUGGGGCGAAGAUUGUCCAGAUAUAGGAACAUUUACAUAUAGAAUGGUGGGCUUCAAGGAACAACCUACUGAUCAUUAUAUGAGACCGUUUCAUGUAACAGCACAAAGAAAUUACUAUAGCAAACAUAAAAAAUUGUGUUUAGGUAGUAAAAGAAGAUCUCAAGUUUUUAUGCAAUGGAUUCGUGACAUUUACACUACAUAUGACAAAGUUCCAAAAUUUGUUUUUGGUUUCCAUAGUGAAGUCAGUCAUGGGGAUAACAACAUGGUUGAAACUGCAGAUGAGGACACGGUUAAUCUCUUAAAAUUUCUAAAUGAUGGAAAAUAUUUGAGAGAUACUCUUGUAAUUUUAAUGAGCGAUCAUGGGGCUAGAUUCAGCAGUCUUCGAUCUUCGUUGCAAGGUAAACAGGAAGAAAGACUUCCGUUUUUUGGAUUUUCAUUUCCCGAGUGGUUUAAAUCUAAACAUAGUGCAGCAUAUCAAAACUUCAAAUUAAAUGUUGAUAGAUUAACUUGUCCAUUUGACUUGCAUCCUACCUUCUUGGACAUUCUAAACUUUAAAGGUGCAGGAAUAGGCGAUACAAGAGACAGGGGAAUUAGUUUGUUCAAAAAAAUCCCCAAAACAAGAACUUGUGACAGCGCGGGAAUUGCCAAUCAUUGGUGUGCCUGUUUAAAUUGGGAAAGUCUUAAUAAUGAAGAUCAGGCCGUGCUUAAAGUUUCAAACUAUGUUGUUUCUGAAAUAAAUAAAUUGACAGAUCCUCAUCGGAAACUCUGUGAAAAAUUAACACUAAAAAAUGUAUUGAGAGCACAAAAACUGUUACCAGAAACCGAUAUGCUUCUAUUUAAAAAGACUAAUGAUGCUGACGGUUUCCGAGCAGAUUUAUCGGACAAUACAGCAAUAGUACAUACUACUUAUCAAGUGUGGGUCUAUACAACUCCUGGAGACGGGUUAUUUGAAGUAACCGUUAAUUAUAAUGUGAAAGCGGAUACAUUUAUCUUACAUGAAAGUUCAAUUAGUCGAGUUAAUAAAUAUGGAGAUGCACCUAAAUGUAUUGAAAAAGAACAUGAGGAACUGCGAAAAUAUUGUUAUUGUUACAAAUGAAUUAAACUCUGUGAGAUUAAGGAUUAUUCCUCGUAUGAAACGUCGACAUAACUAACAGCCGAUUUCAUUGGUUGUGUAGGCAAAGGUAACAUCUUUCGUUAGCUUGCUUGUUAGCUGAACCAUGAAGUCAUUAUUAGGUCUGACAGGUAUACAUUUUACUACCCUACUUUCAAGUAGUCUAGUCAAACAGACAUAUAGAUUGGUUAUCUAUUGGAAUAGUCUACUCUUAUGAAAAAGGGUGGAGGAUAGUUUACCUAACAUAAUGACUUCACGGUUCAGCUAUCAAGCAAGCUAACAAAAGGUAUUACCUUUGCCUACACACUCAAUGCAAUCGGCUGUAAAUGGAGGUCGCCGCUGCAUGAUACUGUUUUUAAGUGACUUGAUUACUGGCAUAGUUGCUCUAUUGUUAUAGAUGAAAUCUCAGACAAAUGAUGAAACACUUCGGCAGUUUUUCUUUCUCUAAUUCUGUGAUAAUCAAUGGGAGUGUGUAUUUGUCAUGAAACUUUAAAAUUACUUUAUUUUAUAAAAUUGAGUAUAUUUUGCUAUAUGAGAUUUAAAGUCUAUGUGAUAGAAGGCAGUUGUAAUAAAGGAGGGAGUGGUUUUGUAUUAAUAAAAAUGAUAAUGGAAACAAGUGAUUGGU